AUGACCGAUGCAAACCGUGUUGGAUUAGAUCUCGGAUUUAUUCGUUCAAGAAUAGGAAUAUUUAAAAUUGCAACAUGGAUUCUGAGUUUAGUGGUCUUGAUUAUCCUAUCGGCAUCUCAGUACUGGUCGAGACCUGGUUCUGGAGCUCUUGUUUUCGCUCAUUUUGUUGCCACAUUUGUCGUGAUCUCUCAGCUCAUCAGUAUCAUAAUUUAUCUUUUGAAAUUGUACAACUUACCACUCAUUAAACGGUUGCCGUGGAAACUUAUGGAAGUUGGAUACGCCCUCUUGUGUGCUGUUUUCUACUUCAUCGCUAUGGCGAUAUUAGGAUGGGGAGCAGAAAAUGAGAAGCUUUAUGUUGGAGAUGUAGAAGGUGGUUUCAUUGCUGGUGCAAUUUUUUCAGCCGUGCUACUGGUUGGCUUCAUUCUGUUUGCAUUUUUUACCUUCAGAUCUGAUUCAAUCAGGAGUCAACCUGAUGGAAGUUCUGGGCCUUCCAAUGUCAGCACUUGA